CCCACAGGUCGAGCCAAUAUCAGCAGCAGCCAUGAGCGAGACGGCGCAGGAGGCGAGGAUCGGGGUCUUGGCGCUGCAGGGCGGCUUCGCGGAGCAUGUCGCCAUGCUGGAGAGCGCGGCAGACGCCAGGAAAGACGCGAAGGUAGUCGUGGAGGAGGUGAAGUACCCGGAGCAGCUAGAAAGACUUGACGGACUAGUGAUACCUGGCGGGGAGAGCACGACGCUCAGCGUAUUCCUGUGCCAGAACGGCUUCGGGGAGAAGCUGCGAGCGUUCGCCAGGGAGGGAGAGAGACGGCGGUGUGUGUGGGGGACGUGUGCGGGCCUAAUUCUUCUCUCUGAUCACCUCGACUCCCAGAAGCAAGGCGGACAAGUCACGCUUGGAGGAAUCGACAUCCAAGUCACUAGAAAUGCCUACGGCAAACAAAUCAACAGUUUCGAGGCCCCGCUCAAAAUCAAGGCACCUGCCCUAUUCCGGCAGGCCCCGCCCCCUGGCUCCACUCACCAGGCACACGACGAAUGUCUGGGAGUGUUCAUUCGAGCACCGGGCAUCGUUCGGGUGAACUCUGACCUCGUCCAGACGCUGGCCACACUCGACAGAGGUUCCGGCGAGAAGGUGGUGGGAGUGAGACAGGGGCACCUCAUGGCGACAUCAUUUCACCCGGAGUUGACCUCGGACUGUCGCUGGCACUCGUACUUCAUCGACAUGGUUGUAACUUACAAGUCGUCAACUUCACUAUGACAGACAGACAUAGCGCCAGCAGAAAGUUAGCAGAGAUCAGCUAUUUAUUUAUCCCAAUGCUGACAUCAUUAAUUUAUUGAUUUACAAUAUUUGUUCAUGGUGAUAUGUAGCAGUAGAUCUAUUGACAACAUUCUUAGUACAAAGUACCUAUAUAUCAUAGCCCAUACAUCAUCUAUAAUGCUAGGUACCAUGUCCAUCCCUAUAUACUAAGUACUACCGUACUCACUGAUACGGCGGCAAUGCUCAAUAGAGUGUCAGUAAGGUCC